AAAUGAACGCAGCUAUUGUUUCAACUAUUUUCCGCCAGAGUACAUGUUUCAGUUGUCACCCUUCCCUUCAAAAUCCAACUCGAUUCUAGAUGAAAACGUAGAAACUGAAUAUUUUCAUCUCGAGUUUUUCUUGAGAAACGCUGAGUUCCAAAAGUAUAGAAAUGUCAACAAAUAUUUUCAAUAGAAUGAGAAACUUACCAUUACCAUCCAUGAAUUUAACACACCAGUUGAAAAUUCAUACAACCGCACGAUGCAAUGAGAUUCGGAAACUUGCUAGAUUGCGCGUAGUUGAUAACAGCGACAUUGGGAAACGUGCAAUGGCAGAAGGCAAACCUCCUCGUUGCAUCCAUGUCUACAACAAACGUGGAGUAGGCCUUAUUGGGGACAAAGUACUAGUUGCUAUUAAAGGUCAAAUGAAAAAAGGAAUUCUCGUUGGCUUGAAACAAAAUCAAAAACCAAAAACUCCAAAAUUCGAUAGCAAUAAUCUGGUGCUUAUUGAUGACAACGGAACACCAUUAGGAACAAGGAUACACGUUCCAGUUCCAACUGUACUGCGAACUAUUCUCAAAGAAAAGACUUUUUCGAAAGGAGCGGACUAUACUAAAGUUUUAGCAAUAGCCAGUCGUUAUUUAUAAAGUCCUUGUGGUGAACUUUCUUCGUCACUUAGGAGCGCACGUCUGCGCUUUUUACUAUGUUCUUGGACCAUUUCGGAAAUGCAAAUAUGUCUGGAUUUCAUUUGCAGCCAAUUAAUAUACUAUAAACCAAAAUACAUUAAACAUUAAAUUUGUUUUUGAAAUAUUAAACUUACAGAAGCAUUUGUUCUCACUCCCA